AUGGAGGCGCCUUCAAGCCCCACGACGCCGACAUACGGCCGCAGCAUCAGUCGGCUUGGUCACCUCUCGCGCCUCAUGGAGCACGAGCUGCAGGUGGAAACGGUGCGCGAGACGCUGGCCAAGUUUGACAUAAACUCAACACCCUCCUCCCCUUCGGCGGCCUCCCCGGGUUUCCCGUCAACGUCCCCCGCGGGUCAUCGUCGCCGCAGCAGCAGUCGGUCUCGACGCAGCUCCAGCUUUUCCGCACCCCGAACUUCGGCCAUUGCCUCCCCGGGUCCCUUCUCCCCACACAACAACAAAACGGAGUCCAAUGCUUCCCCAAAUGCAGGACCCCACGCCCACGCCGCUGCCGUCUCACCCCCAGGCCUCACAGCAUCCCCCGACACAUCCCUCGAAUCCUUUGUCUCCACCUCCACCUCACCCAGCAAUGGUCCCGCCAGCCAAGAUCGCCCGGCUCGACCCACCGCAGCCCAUGUCACACGCCGCCGCAACUCCAUCUCCUCCUCAUCCCCCAGCGCCUCCCCUUCAGCCCACUACGGCCAGUUUAUUCGCGAACCCCGCGACCUAAAAACGCUACCACCACUCCGACUUGCACCCCCAGAGGCGCCCAACCAUCGCCCCCGACCCAGCGCUGCUCAAUCCCCAUCAGCCCUCGGUCUCGACGUCUGCCGAAGGCGCAGCUCGCUCACCCGAAACCGCUCCGCGGAUGACGAUGAUGCCACCACCAACGGCCCUCUUGACCCCCACACCAGCCCCUGGCGUGGCUAUGCCGCCCGUCGUGACGCCAAUCUUGACAUGGAUGAUUUCCUUGCCAAGCCCUCCCCUCCGACUCCCGAUCAAACUCGUGGUCCCUCUUCCGAAGCCCGUCGCCGUGUCAAUCGUCGCCGCAGCCUCUCGUUGACUCGACAUCAGCCCGCUGCCCUGCACGAGGAAGCCACGCGCCGCGGCAGCGAUGAUCCGGCCCUGGUUCGCCCCCAUCUCGAUGGCGUUGCCCCCCUUCCCUGCCGCCCAGCAGCUGUCCGUCGUGCCUCGGUCCACGUCUCGCUGGCCCACCGUGCCAUCAGUGAUGGCUACGAAGCACCCCGUCGACGUAGUGACGGUGCAAUCCACCUCCGUUCAGACUCGGAAUCCGCCCGGCCCCAGGCACCCUCUGCCGUCCGUGGCCCCGCCCCGCACGGCCGACGCGUCUCCAGUCUUAGUGAUGGUGAGCUCGGAGCCAAGCUCCGCCAGCUUCACGAUUCCUGGGCUCUUCCUGCCACCACGUCUCGCCCCGACCCUGCAGAUCAGACCUCGCACUCCCCUCGCCGCGCUGACAGUGGUAUUGGGCGUAGCGAUCUCAACCUACUUACUGCGCCACGUCCGAGUGCUGGCGACAAUGUAGUCAAACGUCUUGCAGAUGCCGCUUUUAGUUCCUCCGACGAUUCAGACUCGGAACUCAGCGACAACGAGCAAAUCUUUCACUGUUAA